UCAUCAGUGGGUCGCGGAGCAGUAUGGCAGCCGUCGCGCUGAGGUCCUGCCGCAGAGGACUUUCACAGAUUUUAAGCAAUGGAGGGCUCACAGCUUUGUCUUCACAGCGCCUGGAAGGAGUCAGGAGACACAAGUCCACAGUCCAGUAUGCAUCACGACCAGAUCUCCCAAAGCUGGCCUACAGAAGGGUGAAGGGGAAGAGCCCAGGUGUGGUCUUCCUCCCUGGAUAUGCCUCCAACAUGAAUGGACAGAAAGCUGAGGCACUGGAGGAGUUUUGUAGGUCACUAGGGCACUCAUACCUUAGGUUUGACUACACAGGACAUGGGGCCUCAGAAGGGGUGCUAUCAGAAGGAACUAUUGGCACUUGGAAAAAAGACGUCCUUUACGUGCUGGAUGAGUUAGCGGAGGGGCCACAGAUACUGGUGGGUUCCAGUAUAGGCGGUUGGUUUAUGCUGCUGGCAGCCAUUGCAAGACCAGAGAAGACUGCAGCACUGGUGGGCAUCUCCACUGCCGCUGAUCACAUCGUCACAGCGUUCAAUUCUCUUCCUCUGGAGACACGCAAGGAGUUUGAGGAGAAGGGGGAGUGGACAGUCCCCACCAAACACUCAGAGGAGGGUCUUUAUAGGUUCAGCAUGGACUUCCUGCGAGAGGCAGAAAACCACUGUGUGCUCCAGAGUCCCAUCCCCAUCACCUGUCCCGUACGGCUCAUUCACGGGCUCAAAGAUGAGGAAGUACCCUGGCACAUCUCCAUGCAGGUUGCAGAGCGCGUCCUCAGCCCCGAUGUGGAUAUCAUCCUGCGGCGGCAUGGCCAUCACCGCAUGUCCGAGAGGGACGACAUCAAGCUCAUGGUCUACACUAUUGAUGAUCUCAUAGACAAGCUGACCACUAUGGUCUGAGAAAGGGACGGGGGAGUGGAGCUUGAGAGGUUGCUGAGAUGAGAGAAGGACUGAGCUUACUGGGAAGUCAACCCUCAAGAAAUUUACCAAACCAUGGCAUGUCUUCGCCAAAUAUGACCUUUUAUCCAUCUCUGUUACUCUCCCAGUAUUUCAGCUGUCAUUUCAUCAUGUUGUUACAGUGCAAACUAUAAUGAAAGGGAGCUCCCCUGCUAGCUGUUCCCUUAUAUCUUCAGGUUGCAUUUGUAUGUGUUCCAGGUUAUUAUAUGGAGUGUUAUGUUGGCCUUUAUUAGGUCUGCUGUUGCUGCUGUCCCGGCCGCCAUUCCUGCUGUUUGACUGUCUCCCCCUCCCUCAUUACUUAGACGUGUAGUUUUCCUGUGCCUUUUUUAAUCACUUUUCACCCGUUUUGGCCAAUAAAACCUCUGCACACUAGA